CGUCUGCAUUCGGCAGACGUCAUGAACGAAGGGGCCAGAUGAUGAGGGAGCAGUGGGGCGCGAGCAAGUGUCAAUUUGAUUAUUGUUGUCUAUUUUAAGUCUAACGUGCGGAUUAUAAUCUGUUAAUUUACCCCCGAUGAUUGAGAAAUUACGGACAAACAUUUUUACGGGUGCCAAGGGGAGGCGAGAAGGGCUUCCUUUUUAAUUUUCGAGGAAGGAAUGACGCUAGGGGACCCCUUCUUUGUCGUCAAGGACGAGGUGUGUAAAGCUCUCAAUAAAACACGUGCAUUGUACGGACGGUGGACAGAGUUGCAAGAUGGAUCGAGUGCAACGUCAACUCCAGUAGUCGGUGGACUUCCGGUUUCCCGUGAAGAACUUGAGUGGACUACCACCGAAUUGCGAAACGCUCUUAGAUCCAUUGAGUGGGAUCUAGAAGAUCUCGAAGACACGAUCUGUAUCGUAGAGAAAAAUCCGAAUAAAUUUAAAAUCGAUAAUAAGGAAUUGACCAUCCGACGAAAUUUCAUUGAAAAAACACGUGAGAUGGUCAAGAUCAUGAAGGAGAAAAUGAAUUUAAGCAGAGGUCGAGACCGUGAUCAUACAGCUAGACAGCCAUUACUGGACAAUAGUCCAGCAAGAGUACCGGUCACACAUGGAACAACAAAGUACAGUAAACUUGAAAAUGAAAUGGACAGUCCGAACAGGCAAUUUCUCGAGGAUACGCUGCAACAGCAAGAUACGAUGAUGCAUCAUCAAGACGAGCAGUUGGAUAUGAUCGGCGAGAGUAUCGGUACCUUGAAAACGGUGUCUCGCCAGAUUAAUACCGAACUGGAUGAACAGGCUGUAAUGCUGGAUGAUUUUGGAAACGAGCUAGAAGUUACGGAUUCAAAGUUGGAUGCGACUAUGAAAAAAAUGGCUAAAGUCCUCCACAUGAGCAAUGGUAACUAUAACAAUUACAUUCCUGCUCCCACCACCUCAACGUCAACAGCAUCCGAUCUCAUCUCUAAGCCAUCCUCUCUAUCCUCUUUGUCUAGUACUUUAACAAACUGUUUUUUGUGUUCCGCGGAUUAGAAAAGAAUAAUCUACAAAAUGUGUUCCAACCUUAUGAAUUUAAGCUGCGAGUCCUAUACAAAUGCGACUCGUCGUCUACAAAAUUUUCUUUAAAAAUCUCAUUUCCUUUUUUGAAAUAAAAUUCUAAUAUCGACAUCAGAAUCCUAACUUAACCUGGAGGCAAUUAUCACGCCAAUAUUCUUCAAAUUUCGCUGGAUGAUUGAACUAUAAUUCAAAAUACGUUGAUCAAUAUCACGGAGUGCAUUACAUUUGGUACACGCAUAUAAUUUGGGGGAAAAAGAAACUAAGAGGACAAAAAAUAUAUAUAUAUAAAAGGAGAAAAACUAGUGCCCUGCGCAAUGUUUUACGUUAUCCGGCUAAAUAACAAACGAAUGAACCAAACUAUAAAUUAAUUCUUUUCUAAGAAUACUUUAGACCAUACAACCUGUAACGACAGUAAAUAGUUUGACGUUUGUGGUUCCGAAUGAUGGUCGAGUAGUAGGCAUGUCAUGUGGUACGCAGCUGUUUUAUGGCGGUUAAACGUUCGUUGAAAUGUAUAACAAACUUUCAAGUUAUAAUCGUAGGCAAAAUAAUAGGUUGAUGAAUCGGCAAACGGCAUCGGAUUUCUUUUAAAUACUCUAAGUACCAGUAGUUGUAUCAGACCUGAAGUUACAAAAAUUUGUACACAAAUUCAUAUUGUAUGUAAAUAGGUAUAGGAAACGUUGUUGUUAAUCGCUAUGAUUAUAUAAACACAUAUUUAUAUAGGUAUAUAUUAAAUAGAACUAACGUAGGUUUGAUCUGGACAUCCGUUCAAAAUAAUGUAGAAGUUUUAGUCAGUCAUUUUGUUAUAGAAGAAUUGAAGAGAAAAAUAAAACACGUGUAUUAAGAGUUGUCGGAUACUUGCCAAACAAAUUACUUGAUUCAAUUGCGAUUGGUACAUCAAUAAUUCUACUUGAGAAAAAGCCAAAUGUUCGGACUAAUUAUGUUUUCCCAGAAGGGCUCGUUAUUUUCACUGAUUAUUUUUGAAUGAUUGAAAAAUUUUGGAAUUAUUUGUAAAAACUAGGGAAGAUCGGUUCCUGUGGUUUUCAUAUUUCAUCGAUUGUUUUUCAACAGAAUUAACCGAAUAAAAAAACUACGUAGUUUUAUAAGUGGCGCAUGUGAUGUUACUUUCCGUUUGUUUUAGAUCGGAGACAAUGGGUAGCCAUUGGAGUCUUGACUGCGAUAUUGGUAUUCCUAAUUAUUUUGUUUAUAAUCAAGUGAAUAAAUCAUUUAAUUUUACAGACUGCUAUAGAUUAUAAAUAGUGAAUCAAUUUUCGUAUAUACUAGUAUUUAAUGUGAUCUAGUUACACUCGUUUUUUUUGUUAUGUCAUAUAUUUAUUUACCAGAGUAUCGUUUUAAUUAUUAUAAAUAAAAAAAAUAUCUCAGCCGUUACUAGAGAAAACAGAAAAGAAAAAAAAAAAGGUGCAACUUACCAAAUGAAUAAUGUUAAUAUGCCCUUUGUAUAAUAAAAAGCCAAUACUCCUCAGAA